UAUCCUUUUCGGAGUCGCGGGGGGUGCUGGAGCCUAUCUCAGCUACAAUCGGGUGGAAGGCGGGACGUCUGUGAAAAAUAUCGUCCACCUGAGCAGCAGGAGGGGUCCUCCAAUACGGAGCAGAAGAGGUCACAGCACCUCCACGUGAAAGAAGAGGAGCCACAGCCCCCCCACUUUAAAGAUGAAGAGGAAGAGUCACAGACUCCUCACAUUGAGAAUAUACAGUCCCUUCACGUAAAAGAGGAACCGGAGGAUCCGCAGCCCUCCUACGCCAAAGAGGAAGAAAAACAGCGGCUGUCCCCCCACUUCAUAGAGGAAGACAAGAGACACCUCAUCAGUGUGAAGAGUGAAGAUGAUGAGGUCAAAGGUGAGAGUGAGGAGAAGAGAGAGGCGGAGCCUCCAAGCAGCAGCUCAACUCAACACAUGACAACAGAAGCUGAUGGAGACCACUGUGGAGGAUCACAAGCAGACAAGCUCUUAGCUCCACUAUCAGAUAGUGAGGACACAACGUCACACUCUCCUGACACUGAUGAUGAAGACUCUAAAGAUGAUAAGACAUGUCACACUGACAACACACACUUCACAUGUUCUCACUGUGACAAAACUUUUAAAUACCCUAGUCACCUGAAAUUACACAUGAGAACACACACUGGAGAAAAACUUUAUCCCUGCUCAGAAUGUGGUAAUAGUUUUGCAGUAAGUCACACUUUAAAAGUACACAUGAGAACACACACUGGAGAAAAACCUAUUUCAUGUUCAAUCUGCGGUAAAGAUUUUACUCAUAGGCACGAUUUGAAAAUACACAUGAGAAAACACACUGGAGAAAAACCUUUUUCAUGUUCAAUCUGCGGUAAAGAUUUUAGUCAUAGGCACGAUUUGAAAACACACAUGAGAACACACACUGGAGAAAAACCUUUUUCCUGCUCAGAAUGUGGUAAAAGUUUUGCAGUAAGUCACACUUUAAAAGUACACAUGAGAACACACACUGGAGACAAACCUUUUUCAUGUUCAAUCUGCUGUAAAGAUUUUACUCAUAGUCAACAUUUGACAAGACACAUGAGAACACACACUGGAGAAAAACCUUUUUUAUGUUCAAUCUGCGGUAAAGAUUUUACUCAUAGGUACGAUUUCAAAAGACACAUGAGAAAACACACUGGAGAAAAACCUUUUUCAUGUUCAAUCUGCGGUAAAGAUUUUAGUCAUAGGCACGAUUUGAAAAUACACAUGAGAAUACACACUGGAGAAAAACCUUUUUCCUGCUCAGAAUGUGGUAAAGAUUUUACUCAAAGGCACAAUUUGAAAAGACACAUGAGAAAACACACUGGAGAAAAACCUUUUUCCUGCUCAGAAUGUGGUAAAAGUUUUGCAGUAAAUCAAAGUUUAAAAAAACACAUGAGAGUACACACCGGUGAAAAACCUUUUUCGUGUUCAGUCUGCGGUAAAGAUUUUACUCACAGUUCCAGUUUCAACGCACACAUGAGAAUACACACUGGAGAAAAACCUUUUUCCUGCUCAGAAUGUGGUAAAAGUUUUGUAACAAAUGUAAGUUUAAAAGUACACAUGAGAACACACACUGGUGAAAACCCAUACUCCUGUUCAAGCUGCAACAAAAGCUUCCGUUACCUAAACACUCUUAGAGCACACAUGAGAACACACACAGGAGAGAAAGUGUUGAGUUGCAGUGUGUGUGGUGAAAGAUUCUCUUCUAAGUACCAGUGUAAGAAACACAAGUGUGCUGGUGAGAACAGCAGCAGCAAAUGAAGAUGCAGAAUUUAAAAUCAACUUUCUAACAACAUCAGCACAUAUAACAUGUGUGACAUCAUUGUUGUGUGUGUAACACAAUCUUGUUAAUAUGAUUCUAACAUUUAUAGAUUAGACACUUCAGAUUAGUGCUUUUAUUUCAGUCAAGUACAUGAGUUAAUAUACACAUUUGUGUACUUUAAAAUGAACAGAACAAUUUGACUGAAAAGGUGAGAAUAAACACUACAUAAAAUAUGUUACAUACAAUAAACAUUUUAAGUGUAGAUAUUCAUAGUUCACUUUUAUACUUAUUCAUAAUAGUGUUUUAUUUAUGUUUUUUGAAAUAAUGAAGGGUUACAUAUUUUAUUUUCUAAUUGUAGAUGAUUCCAUAGAU